UAGCCCAAGUUCAACUAGCGGGAGGCUAACUUUAGCUUAUUUCCUGGUGGCUCCUAUUAAUGGCAGCCAGUGAAGAGUUAACAGUGGCUGUCUCGUAGAAGCAACAGUCGGAUACAUCACGCUGUCAUGUGUCGAGAAGAUUAAAAGACACAAUUUUACAUGUUCUACUUCAAAUUUUAAUGUGUCGGAAACUUCUCGCUGCAAACUAAAAAAACGAAGCGCUUGGUGAGGCUGUUUGAUUUGACCUGGAUUUUUUUUUUGUCACCAACUGAAUCCCAUAAUCCCAGGGGUUAACUAAGUUAAUCCGAGCUGGCAAAUCCUUUUCACACUUCUCUCAACCACGCUGCCGAGGAAAGCCGAGGAGAAGGAGGAGUGUCCCAGACAGCCCGACUUGCAUCAAUAAAACCGCUUUGACGUGCUGGCCACCAAGUUGCUGCCGUGUUGCUCGGACGUUUCUUCCAUCGAGUGAAAAGGGAAACUUAACUGGUCUGCUCACAUUCACUGCUGCCGGGAAAAUGCCACAAACGCCUCUAAUGACCAAAGCGCAUUGUGCGGGGACUGAUCAAACUGAAAUGGUGAUUUCUCAAGGUGUCAUUGCAGUGGCGCUCCUCUGGGCAUGAAAACAUAACUUUUCACUUAGAAUAAGGAAACGACACGAUGGCACUUUGCGGGAGAAGGAGUCGACCCAAGUUGCUCCUCUGCCUCUUCGGAGCGUCUUUUGUGGGAUAUUUAAUUUUCUUCAGGAACAAUUCCGGGUACAUAGGCGCGACAAAUCGACGACAGGCCCCUGGAGAGGAAGAUGCGGACUAUGAGCAGCAGAGGAAGCCCGUGUACGAGAAGCCUCCGUUGGAUUUAAAUGCCCUGGGAGAAAUGGGGAAAGCUGUCAGGCUGAACCUGGACGGGGAGGAGAAGAGAAAAGAGGAGGAAAGCAUCAAAAAGCACCAGAUAAACAUAUAUGUUAGCGAUAAAGUGUCACUACAUCGCAGGCUGCCAGAGAGAUGGAACCCACUUUGCAGAGAGCUGAAGUAUGACUACCGUUCCCUGCCAUCGACCUCGGUGGUCAUCGCCUUCUACAACGAAGCCUGGUCCACCCUGCUGAGGACAGUGCACAGCGUGCUGGAGACCUCCCCUGACAUCCUGCUGAAAGAGGUGCUGCUGGUGGACGACUACAGCGAGAGAGCUCAUCUAAAGGAGCCAUUGGAAAAAUACAUUUCCAAUUUGAGGAAAGUGCGUCUGAUCCGAGCCACCAAGAGGGAGGGCCUGGUUCGGGCCCGUUUGCUGGGGGCCCGCUACGCCACAGGCGAUGUGCUCACCUUCCUGGACUGUCACUGCGAGUGUCAUGAGGGCUGGCUGGAGCCGCUGCUCUACAGGAUCAAAGAGGAGCCAUCAGCUGUGGUGUGUCCUGUCAUCGAUGUCAUUGACUGGAACACCUUCCAGUACUUAGGCAACUCUGGAGAACCUCAGAUUGGGGGAUUUGAUUGGCGGUUGGUCUUCACCUGGCACACUGUCCCAGAAUAUGAGCAGAAACGCCGUCGCUCACCCAUCGAUGUCAUAAGGUCUCCUACUAUGGCAGGGGGUCUUUUUGCAGUGAGCAAGAAUUACUUUCAUUACCUGGGAACAUACGACACAGGGAUGGAAGUGUGGGGUGGCGAAAAUCUGGAGUUUUCCUUCAGGAUCUGGCAGUGUGGGGGCAGCCUUGAGAUCCACCCAUGCUCCCAUGUGGGUCAUGUGUUCCCCAAAAAGGCGCCAUACUCGAGGAGCAAGGCCCUGGCCAACAGUGUGCGGGCUGCUGAGGUCUGGAUGGAUGAAUACAAAGAGAUGUACUACCAUCGUAACCCCCACGCACGCCUGGAGGCCUUUGGAGAUGUGACGGAGCGGAGGAAGCUUAGAGAGAAGCUGGGCUGUAAGAGCUUCAAGUGGUAUCUGGAAAAUGUCUACCCUGAUAUCCACGUCCCAGAGGAUCGGCCGGGCAUGUUUGGAAUGCUGAAGAACCGAGGCAAAGUCAACUACUGUUUUGACUACAACCCCACAGAUGAGCAUGUGGUGGUGGGCCAAAGGGUCAUCCUCUACCCGUGUCACGGCAUGGGACAGAACCAGUUCUUUGAGUACUCCACGGACGGUGAGAUCCGCUACAACACGAGGGAGCCUGCAGGAUGCAUUGUGGGCGACAACAUUUCUACCUACCUGACCCUUCAGCUGUGUAGAAAACGAGGGCAACACCUACCAGUGGACCAGAAAUUUCUCCUCCGCCAGGAUGGGACCCUGCACCAUGUGAUGAGCCAGAUGUGUGUUGAAGCGGUAGACCAGACGGACAACGGGACGCCAGCCCCGGCCCUCCGACCCUGCUCUGACAGCCUCUUCCAAAAGUGGUUCUUUGAGGAGAGAACAUAGCGGGAUCCACCAAUAAUAUAUUGGUUUUGUUUUAUUCAGGACCCUGCAGCUGAAAACAGACACGGUUGCAUUGAAUUUCAAUGUUUUUUGAUAUUUGUUUGCCUUGCCCUGAAAGGAACUCAAAGGAAGAGGCUUCUGUGUUGCUUCCUCAGCUUUAACCUUUGCACGUUUCUGUGCCGGCUGGAUAUAGUGGACCUAUUGGAAAUCACGUUAACAAGAACUGAAUAAUAAAAUUGUUUUGGGGAUUUUUUUUAUUGCUCAUGGGAUGCUGUGCUGUUGCAAACAACUUGGGAGAUGGGAGCCAACUGGAAUAAACAUGAUGUGAUUUGAGUUUUUUUUCCAUUCAAGACUAAUUUAAGACGUAGUGAUGACGUGUGCAAUUGUGCAUGCUGGCAGUUUUGUGGUUUUUCAUUGGACAGGCUGUACACACUCCACAUACUGCUGCAACCUUUGGGUAAGGGUGAACUUAUAUAGCUCACGUGCUUGAAUAGACACAGUUUAUAUGUAUCGCUGUCACACUCAAAUGCAUGCACACACAAUUACACAUCAGACUGAAACCAAUACUUACUCUCUUAUUACCUCUGUCAGCAGACCCAGAACCAUUUACGAGAUGGUGGCUGGCAUUGGCUGCCAUUACAAUGAUGUUCACAGCCUCUGCAUCAUUCCUGGCAUUUUGUAGUGUUUCAGUCUUCUCCUGUAGAGGGGGCCAAUGCUCCUCUCUGCAGGCUCUUUUCCUCCACUGUGAUCUCUGUUUGUCAAAUGAAAGUGGGACAGUCCUUCAGGUAUUUUAAUAAGAACCUUUUCAGGACGUUUUGAGUGCUGGAUACUCUAACAUACUCAUGGCUUAGUAAAAGCCUUAGAUCAUAGGCAUUAUGCAAGUACCUAGUACCUCUUACACUUAAUCACUAAACUACUGAAAACAGGAGAAACUCCAUUCUUAUUUUAUUCUGCUCUGCUAUUUUUGCUAUUUUGCAAUGCAAACUGAAGAAAAAGCUAGUAGUUUUGUAGUUUUUCUAUUUUUCCAUGUGCUGUCAUUUGCUUCUUGCUUCCAUAUGGUGCCCUUUCAGCAAUAUGCAGCGUCACAAGACUAAAUCAUAGCCAUAUAUAAUGGGUUUACUUCACGCGGUGUCAAUGAUGUUUGUUUUAAAUUAUGUGUUUGUUUUUUUUUUGUUUGUUUUGAACAGGCUAAAUUACUGGAUCUAUUCAUAGCUGUGUUGUUGUGUUGGAUAUUUUGAUUUGAUUUUCUAUUGACUUUAUACAGAUUAGUACAAAUGCAUCAAUAUGGAAUGAAAAAAUUAUAAGGUAUGAAUAGGAACUUUAUUUUACCUGUAAAAAGUGCCUCACCUGAUGCAAAGCCAUCUCAAUAUAAAUCAAGAUACCCCCUCAGGUUACUGAUUAAACCAGUGGUUCUCAAUCUUUUUAGCUCAUGACCCCUUUUGGUGGCUCACCUGAUAGAGCACGUACCACGUAUUCCUAACUGCAGUGGCCUGGGUUCCAAUCUGUCACGAUCAAAGCAGAAAAACCAAAAAAUAAUCUUGAAACAAAGCAAUUCCUACCUUCGACCCCCUGUCACAGGCUGCAUAUGCAGAGUAGUAAACAGCCCACCUAAACAAUGACCACCUGUUUGGAUUGUUUCAUGUGCUUAGUUAUCAGAGGAUGCAUCAUGUUUUAAAACUACUCACAAGAAAACAGAAAAAUUGUAACAUGAUAAAAUAAUCAUUAAUUUUCGUAUUAUUAUUUUCUUUUGCCUCUGUCUUAAUCAUUUUGUGACCACCCCGCCCCCCUCCCCCAAAUCUCCCAGCCCUCAGUGUGAGAACCAUUGGAUUAAAUCAUGAAAAAAUGUUAUGUAUUAGGAAUGUAUGCAUAUUUAUGUAUGUAUAUGUUGACUUGAAGAGACACUAUUGUCUGUGCCUCCCUGCACAGAGUGUGCACAGGCAAGGAGGUGUUAGCUUUGUGGGCAUUUAUUUCACUCCUGUUUCCACCUUGUGUGCUAAUUUGCACACACUACCUCUGUUUUACCAGUCAGAAUCAGCCGGCUCUGGAUCCCUCCAUUCGGCUGAGCUGUGCUCACUGUGUGUGGCUGCCCCCCAGUCAAAGCAGUGGGACUGAGGGACACACAGUGGUGGGGUGGACAGCUGUUGAUGCCUCCAGAGUGCUGGGAUGCCAGAUGGUGGCCUGAUUGAUUCUCUGGUCCUCUCCCAAUUCUUUAUCACCACCUCACAGUGUCUGAGGUGGGCAUUGCAGUUCGAUAGGUGCUGGGAAUUUUCAACCAGGUUGUUUAUAUUCCCCUGGGAUCUAAGAAAGGAAGUUGGGAAUUUGAUAACUUGUAUGCAUGAAGUAACUUCGUGUCAUAUCCAAGCCAAUCAUAUCCUUCCUGGAUGCACUAAAGGAAGGUGAGCACCUGUACACGUGUGCUCAUGAAGUGAUUUCCUGUUUGAUUUGUGAAUUGAAGUCUUCAAGGACACAGUUUUUGACAGCAGAGUAAAGAAUUGUGAGACUGAAUGGAACAAUUUGUGACCUCUUUUAUCAUUAACCUCCACAAGCUGUUGGUCCCCAAGUCUCUAAUGGGCUCUGCUGGAAAUUGACGUUAGUGAAUCAUUGUGUUGAAAUUGAUUUUUGGUAUUGAUUCAGAAUGUAUACCUACAGUAUAAUGAAUGGGAGGAAUUUUUGGGCAGUACCACAAUGGGGGCCAAUACAGAACAGGAAUCCCUAUUUGCCAAGUAUAAUAAUUGUACAGGGAUUUGUAAAGAUGACGUUGGUGUAGGAAUAUAACACCAUAUUUUUUUUUUUCUAUACACAUCACUCCACAUAUAUACAUUCCAGAUUAUUAUUGCAGGGUGCAGUGGAUUGUGCAAUGGUAGGAUGAAAAGUGCAAAACAAGUUCUAAGCAUAAAGCAAAAUGGACAAUGCCUACGGUUAAAGUUUACAACGGGGGACAUGCAGUAUGAGUUUUGGGUAAUAAGCAGAAUGGACGUAACAGAAGCAGGAGGCAGAUUACACCUGGUUCCAUAGGGAAAGGGAAGGCAGCAUCUGUGAAGGGAUUGUAGGGAUGUUUUGGUAAUAAGUCCAAGUGGGGCUAGUUGUGUAGGGUGACCGCUCUUGGGAAGAAGCCCGUUGGGUUGCCAGGUGUUUUUUUGUCUUAAUGGAGCACUGCUGUCUCCCAGAGGAAACUUUUUUGGUACAGUUUGUCAGAAAGAGGCAGUUUUCCAAGUACUGAUGGUUGGUAGCAAUCAUGUAAGACUCUUGUAAAGUGAAUUUCUCUGUUAUCAUUUACGACUGAGGAUUUUGUUUUAGACAGAGAAGGAGCCCCUUUUUUGGUCGUCAUCCGUUCAAAGUUCUAACUCAUAUCUAAAAUCGACCUCUUGAUUCAGUACUCACAUUGCAUAUAUUGGACACAUCAGUUUGCAUCUUAUGCUUGUGAGUGCAGUACAAAUAUUCUACCCUCUUCUUAUUAAAAAGGGUUAUUUAUUGUCCCCUGUGGCCAUCUGUUAUUCCAGGCGUGUCCUACAUAGUAAAACAUUUUUUACUGUGGCAUUAUAUUGUAUGCUAAUUUGAUAUGGUACACGGCUGUAAUAAAAUUGAUAUUCGCCGGUUGGGGAUCAUAUCUUUCUGGCAGGUCGUAGAGGUAGGAUUGUUAUAUCGAGCAGAGCAGUGUUGUAAGUGGUAGCCAUGUCCUGGGGAUCCAGAUGCUGCAUAACUGGAUGGAACACCUGAACCUGCUAAGUGGCUUGUUUUGCCAUCGCCCCUCCCUUAAUGGACUAUGCAGAGCUGUAUUGCCCUUUACAGUAGUGUGGGCAUCUUCUGUUUGCAAUAGUUAACAAAUCCCAACGGAGAUGUUUCAAUUAUUCAGGUUGUGGAAGUGGUUUCAUAGAUAAUUUGCUGGAAAUAAAGACUGUCUGAUGGAUUUUAUGCUGCCAGUAACUAUAGUGGCCUUAAAUUGUCAUCAAGAAAAUGAAGGAUUUAAUUAAGACUUUUUUUUUUUAAUAUAUAUAUAUGCUGGGUCCAUUCAGUGGACUACAUCUGAUGUCAAUGCACAUGUUUACAUAUUGUCAUUUCAACAUCAAACUAAAGUGAAAAUUGUCUUUUUGUCUUCACUUGCACAUUUUGUAUUUUGAUUUCACCAUUUGGUUUUAUCUUUCAGAUAUGUAAACAUUGGCCAGACUAAUAAAAGAAAAAAAAAGCUGACUUCUGA